AAUUCCCCAAAAGGAUGUGGACACGGAUGGCACUGUGCAGACUGGCAGGGUUCCCACAACAUGCAUGCAAGCAAGCCUCCAUCACGAAACCAACCACUAAAAUACUAUAACUUAUUUUCUCAACUACUAGUUUUUCUUUUCUUUUGAGAAAAGAGUUGCUUUUCUUGUAGUUGAUGGUCCAAGCUCCUCAAACUCCAAGAGAAUAUACAAUAAUAUGUAUGAAUUUCUUUCUGGGAUUCUCACUGAUUUUGUGUAAUAGUUAAAUAAAAUUCAGAACAGCGCCGAAUAAUAUCUGUUGCCAAAAUUAAAGUAUGAACGUUGAACUGGUUGCCUAAAUCUGAUAGGUUGCUUCCCUUUAAACUAAGACAAAAACUAACUCAUGAGUUGAGUUUAAAACCAGGCCAUUCUGAUAAUAAUAACAAUAAUGAUAGUAUAAAAGCAAACACAAAAAGCAUGAUUGUUGACUACAGUCAAAGAGAAACUUACAAAAGCUUAAUCAAAGUUGGGUACUAGGCAUGCAUAUAUGAAAUAAUCAACUUGGAGAAGAGGUGGUUUGUCUUUUUAAUACCGUCUCUUUCAUGCAAUUUUGUCACUCUCAUUCUUGCUUGGUCCAUUAAAGGAAUGUACCUUCACUAGCCAAUACAUUUAAAAGUCACAGAAAUGUGGGGAUAGGACAAGUAUUUUUAUAUGGUAGAGAAAGAAAAGGGUAUGUGGCCUCUAGCAUAUAAUAAGAGAAAGGAUGGAAAUGAUGAUAACGUGAGAGGUUGGAGAAGAGCAUGGAUUGAACAAAAUGCUGAAGAGAGAGAGAGAGUGGUUUUGAGGCAAGGUGAUGAUGAUGGAGGAAUGUGGUUGGACUUAUUGAGUUUCACAUGAAGGCACGAGGUCCUCCAACUGCUACUGCCAAAGGAAAAGGAAGGGGGGGGGGGACGCCAUAAUCCAAUGUGCUACACCAACAAUCAUGCCCUUCUGUGGGGACUUCUUUUAUUCUAUAAUGUGGAACCAAAUCAUAAACUAAGCAAAACCAGGCAUGCAUUAUCAGAUAAUAUUUCACCAUCUCAGCAUAUAGUAUAAGUCUUUCUACAUUCUCCUACAGUUUACUAUAUUUGACAAUUCUUUGAGAGUAAAUUUGAUGUAUAUAUAUUAUCAUAGAUAGUGUGUAUUUCUUGGAAUUUGUGAUGUAGAUAAUAAGCCACUGAUCUGAGAGACAUUCCCAAGUUUAUACUAACUUACCAAGUCUCAGCAAAACUGUUGACCAUGUUCAUUCAGUCCAAAGGACAAAGGAACAGGCUCAGCCUCAUGCUCAAAUCAAAAUAUAGAAAUAAACUUCCAUCAGGCACUCUUGGAUGGCCUUUUAUCGGUGAAACUCUUGAGUUUGUUUCUUGUGCUUACUCUGAUCGCCCUGAGAGCUUCAUGGACAAGCGACGCCGCGUGUAUGGAAAGGUGUUUAAGUCACACAUAUUUGGAAGCCCCACAAUUGUUUCCACGGAUGCUGAUGUGAACAAGUUCAUACUGCAAAGUGAUGCAAAAGUUUUUGUUCCUUCUUAUCCCAAGUCUCUUACUCAGUUGAUGGGGGAGUCUUCUAUUUUGCUCAUCAAUGGAAGCCUUCAAAGGAGAAUACAUGGACUUAUUGGAGCUUUUUUCAAGUCUCAACAGCUAAAGGCUCAGAUCACCAGAGAUAUGCAAAAGUAUGUCAAAGAAUCAAUGUCUGGUUGGAAAGAGGACUGCCCCGUAUACAUACAAGACGAAACAAAAAAGAUUGCUUUUCAUGUACUAGUCAAGGCACUGAUUAGUUUGGAUCCAGGAGAAGAAAUGGAACUUCUCAAGAAACAUUUUCAGGAAUUUAUCUCUGGCCUCAUGUCUUUACCAAUAAAUCUACCAGGAACUAAACUUUAUCAAUCUUUGCAGGCAAAGAAGAAAAUGGUGAAAUUAGUGCGGAGAAUUAUCCUAGCUAAAAGAAAUAGUGGCCUUUGCAGAGUUCCAAAAGAUGUGGUGGAUGUGCUUCUCAAUGAUGCAAGUGAAAAAUUGACAGAUGAUUUAAUAGCAGAUAAUAUUAUUGAUAUGAUGAUUCCUGGGGAAGACUCAGUGCCAGUUCUUAUGACUCUAGCUACAAAAUAUCUAUCAGAAUGUCCAGCUGCUUUGCAGCAAUUGACGGAGGAAAAUAUGAAGCUUAAGAAAAUUCAAGAUCAGGUUGGUGAGUCCUUGUGUUGGAGUGAUUACCUAUCAUUGCCAUUUACUCAAACAGUGAUCACUGAAACUCUCAGAAUGGGAAAUAUCAUAAUAGGAGUAAUGAGAAAGGCCUUAAGAGAUGUUGAAAUAAAAGGGAACUUAAUACCAAAAGGGUGGUGUGUGUUUGCAAAUUUUAGAUCAGUUCAUCUAGAUGACAGAAACUAUGACUGUCCAUAUCAGUUCAAUCCAUGGAGGUGGCAAGACAAAGAUAUGAGCAGUUGCAAUUUCACUCCUUUUGGAGGGGGACAAAGGCUUUGCCCAGGCCUUGACUUGGCCAGGCUGGAAGCUUCCAUCUUCCUACACCACUUUGUCACUCAAUUUAGAUGGCAUGCUGAAGCAGAUGCAAUAGUGAACUUUCCCACAGUAAGAAUGAAAAGGAGGAUGCCUGUGAUGGUAAGGAGAGUGGAAUCUUAAAGCUUGGUUGGCCAAAAUGUGUGGAGCCACUUGUACCAAAGGAUAAAGAACAACCAUUCUAUGAAAAAAUACAAAAUCUGAAAUAAAAGAACAAGGGAGAGGGGGGACCAGAAAGAUUGGCUAAGGUGGACACACGUGUGGUGAACUGCAUAAGCUUUGUUUUUGUCUCCUUGCAUUAGUCUUCAACAUGAAGACGAUGGAAAGUUUCAUAUUGAGGGACCCUUAAAUUAGGUAGUAUUUACUUUUCACCAAUUUUUCUUUCCCAUUUUACCUAGUGUGGUAGGAAAAUAAAGGUUGAUUGUAAGGGAGAGCACUUUUAUCUUGUUUUUGAAUCAGAGUUUCUUUUGUCUGUUUUUUUUCUUUGUUAUGCACUACUUCUUUGUUCUUU